GACAAAAGGAACAAAACUGGCCGAAUAUCUGAGAAGAGAGAAAAUAAAUCUCUACAACUCAAUAUUUUUUCAUUUUUGGAAAUAGUUAAGGCCAAAGAUAGUCAAAACAAUGUCUACAGGCAAUGCUGAGAAUUUAUCUCCACAAACUAUCCGCCAAGUUGCAAAAGAAAUCUCUGAAUUAACAUGUGAUCCUCCUGAAGGUAUCAAAAUAUUUCCGAACGAUGAAGAUAUCACAGAUAUCCAGGCUACUAUUGAAGGCCCGUCCGGUACUCCCUAUGCCGGAGGGACAUUCAGGAUGAAAUUAGUAUUAGGUAAAAACUUUCCGUCAGAGCCCCCAAAAGGUUAUUUCAUCACAAAAAUAUUCCAUCCGAAUGUCUCAAAGAAUGGAGAGAUUUGUGUCAAUACGUUAAAAAAGGACUGGAAGGCUGAGCUGGGGAUCAAACACAUUUUACUGACAAUAAAGUGUUUACUGAUUGUGCCAAACCCGGAGUCGGCCCUGAAUGAGGAGGCAGGCAAAAUGUUACUAGAACAGUACGAUAAUUAUUCAAUGAGAGCGAGAAUGUAUACAGAUAUUCAUGCCAGACCACUGAGGGCUUCAAAAGGAGAGGAAGAGGCUUCAACGAGCGACAAGAGCUGUGACGGACCAUCAGCAAAGAAGCAUGCAAGUGAUAAAAAAUUACUGGAGAAAAAGAAAAAGGAUAAAAAGAAACCACUGAAGCGGUUAUGAUGUGGUCAUAAUGAUCUUUGUACAAUAUCAAAUAUUAACGGUAUAAUUAUUUAUAAGAGGAACAUUUUAAAAUGUACAAAAUAUAUACUGCCUUUUUAUAUGAAAAACUAUAUUAUGAAAAAAAUGAAGAACGGUUCACAUUUCUGUAAUCCUUAAAAUGGAAUGAAAUAGUUAAUUCUUUUGAAUUCAUCUUUAGCUCUGGAAUGUCAGGCUUAGAUGUCCAAUUUUGAGGUAAAAUGUUGGGGAGAUGGUUGAAAAAAAUCACAAUGCAACUUUUGCAUUUGAUAUGUUCGAUAACAUAGGCAUUAGAAUGUUCAUUUCUUAUGAUAACGUAAUUUGUCUUGAUUCAAACUUUAGAGGUCAUGGUCAGUAUAAACAGGUUUGACCAAGCUCGAAAACUGGUGUUUACUCGCAGUCACAUGUAACAAUACAGUCCUGACAUGCAUUCCAUUCUUACUUGAUGAACCAAGUUUACUUAUGUAAGUCUUUAUGGCAUCACAUGGCGCUAAUCUGAUCAUCAUACUGGAUAACCUCACUCCCAGAGUCAACAAAUACAUUCUAAGACUAGACAGAAAUAUGAAUGCAUUCUCCAAAUUGUAGGAGUAAACCGAAAAGUGUCAGUGUGGAAAUUAUAUUUUGUUAUUUUUCUAUGCAUGUGGAAACCUACAGCCUAGCCCCUGCCUUCAGUACGUAGCCAGGAUAAGAAAACUACCGGUACUGAGUAUUUGGUUCCAUAUUGUUUUACACAGGUUUUCAAGGUCGGCCAGGCCAUUUUGCUGUGUUGUAAGAUACAUUUCUAAUCAUCAUUACGUUCUUAUGCUGUCAAUAAAAGGAUUGCGGGUGACAUUUCCCUUAAUAAAGUGAUACCAUAUUGAUAUGAAUCCUGCUGUUGAUGCUGAGCCUCAUAAAAUUCCUGGUCAGAUGUACUGCGUAGUAUUUCUGAUAGCUAGGGUCCAUCUGAUUAUGUUCAUGAUGCCAAACCACUGAACUUUAAAAACUCUUGAGAUUUUGAUGUUUCAAAAAACAAUGCUGGGCUCCAUGCUUUGAAUAUACCGAAGAUGAACAAUGGCACUUUUGGAUGUGAAUUUGUGGCGAUCUGUGAAAAAGAGAAUGAAAACCUUUAUGCUUGCAAGUCCUUUUCACAACCAAGUUUGCUGAAGAUGACGGGAAAACCUCUAAUAAUGUAAUACGUGGAAAGGGAAGCAAGUUGGUGUGGGUAUUGGGGUGGUGCACAGCCUCUGUAAUAGCUAUAUCACGACCAGCUUCCUAUCACAUUUUCAUUCGAACUGGAUGUGAAAUUUGGUAGCGCCAGCCAUACAUGUUCUUGCUCUGUUAUCUUUUUUUCUCCAAGGUUAAAAAAUCAAUCCAUAAUGACUCUCAUAUGACUUUAAAUCUUGAUAGCCUCAUGUCAUUUUUCUUUUUUGCAUACCGGCACUAUAAAAAGGGGAUGUACAUCAGUAAAUCAGAAAAAUUAGUGAAUCGUCAUGUUUGCGCUGUUUCAACAUUAUUUUCAUAGCAAGGACUGGCUUAUUUUGAAAAAAUGUCAUGAUUCUUACAAAAUUUGUUUAAAAGUGCAGUGGUUGGGGGUUGAACAAGUUUGGAAAAGGUGGUACUUUGCAAUUAGCGAAAAGGUUUUCCCGAAACAUGUCAACUUGUAGUCGAGACCACAUAAAAUGUACUUGUUAGUUACAUGUGUCAGUGAAGAGUCUGCCAAAUCUCAACUAAAUGUGUUCAAAGUUAUUUGAAAGUGCGAAGACAAUAAGAAUUAAUUGCCAGUCACUAGUAAAGGUAGUCAGUGGAAAAGCAACAAAACAUUCCAGUUUUUCAUAUUUCAUUUCCACAAUUCUUUUGACAGGGAGACCUUGAGCCAGGUGGGCUGGAUGAAGUUACACUUCAUCACCUUUAGAUGCCUCAACCACUUGUAUCUCUCAGAUCGGUACUAUAAAAGGUAUAUAUUUAUUGGCUUGUAUGAGAGUCUGUUCAGAUGCCUCAACCACUUGUAUCUCUCAGAUCGGUACUAUAAAAGGUAUAUAUUUACUGGGUUGUAUGAGAGUCAGUUCCUUAGUGUCCCCUGGAAACUGCUAGUUUAGCCUUCUACAUGAAUAGCUCCUGCCUAUCCCCCCCACCUCCUUCCUUUCACAAAUGAAACAAAUAGGCAAAGAAUCAUAACAUUUGUGCUUAGAUUAAAGGAAUGUAUCUGAACGCUAUUACCCCUAUUGUCUAUAGUCAAAGUUCUGUGGAGUUGGUUACAAGUUGGAAAUUUCAGAUUGACAUGUCUUCAGGCAUCCCUUAAUACUUGGUAAACUGUACUGACAAGACAUGACCAAAUAAAUCAUCCCGGCUGGAUUAGCUCCAUGUGUAUGCGAGGACUCGUAACAGUUGAGUAAGGCAUGACUUGAGAUGCCAUCAUGUCCCAUCUGUGCAUCCCGCUGUCUGACUUUAAUUUAUUGUUAGUUUGGUUAAUACUAGUUACUCUUAAGUUCUUGCUAUUUCUUUCUUUCUGUGGUUUUGUUAUAUUUUCCUGGUGCUGACAUGGUAUAAGACAGAUGAUGAUGAGGCAUAAACAAUGAGCUGGUGGCAGAAAUUUUCCACUUCAGGGCACUGAUACCCAGCCAGGUUAGGAUAGCAUCAUCAAAAUUGUGGCCAAUGAGAAUUUCCCUUUUUGCUCUGAAAUAUGCCCAGUAUUUCACACCCAAUAAUAUCAUGACCACUUUGUUAAGUUUUCAAUUCUGGUAAGAGAGUUAAUAGAUUCUAAAAGGUGUGAAAACAAAAAUUAUGUCACGAAAAUACUUGUUUGGUCAAUUUAAAACUACUAUAUUCAGCUCAGAGAACAGAACAAUAAGCAAUAUCAUUCCAUGUAAAUUAGUGAUGUGGCAUUGAACAACAUCCUUGAGAUGUUGCUGGCAUCACAGUCAUUGUUUUCAGCUGGUUGUGGGUCAGGGCUAUCUUUCCUUUUAGUCUCUGUGCCAUACCUCGUUUGUGUGCGAUUCGAUGUUUGUUUUUCAGUGCAGGGUUACAACUUUGCCAUUAUUUGUUUUUCUAACUUGUUUAUAGUGUUAUUUUGUGGUACAAUUAGAUGUAUUUGAUUUCUCUAAGUCUAAACAACCAGAACAAAAGUGAUCAGAAUCAUUGUACCAAAAGUGCUUAUAAAGUACAACUACAAGAAGUCCAUGUCUCCAUGUGGAAAAAAUCUCUAUGGCAACUCAAUCUACAGAAUCUCUUGUUCGGGAUGCGUUCAUUCAUCAUUGUGGUAUAUGAUGAAUACAUCUAUCUGUUAUUGUGAAACAUUCAAUUGUGCCUGUUUUGUUAUGGCAAUAUACUUCUGCUCAGUCCUUUUAUGGGUGGCCAGGCUGUGGUAACUCUAUGGUAGCGCAGUGUCCUUAAUUGUCGAUAUUGGUCGUGACCUUUUGGCAAAACUGGCAGGUUUCUCACUUUCUAGGUUGCAUGUAAGUAUCCAUGACCUCUUGAGAUGAACUUGUGAUCCAAUCUGAUUCAUGCCUUGCCAACCAAGGAAGGCAAACAAAAAAUUCAUAAAGUGCUUACUCGCGUCCUGCACUGAUACCAGUGAAAAUGCGAGCACUUACUUCUGCGCUGGCACUUCAACAAAGAGCGAAUGAUCUCGGGGGGGGGGG